AUGGUGGAGCAAGUUGAUCACGAUGCUUCGUUCGAUAUCUAUGAAGUAGCUCAGCAGAUUUACAAGCAAGGUAAUUUUGAAUCUGAAUUGAUGAAUCCUUACGCUUAUCGUAGAUUUCCUGCUAGAGGUCAGUAUGACUUUCACGUGGAUUUCGAAAACAAAGGUUCUAGGCCUGACUAUAGGUUAUUUACAGAGGAAUCUGGGCGCCGCAUCAUUUUUGUCUCUAGAGAUAGGCCCUUCAUCAUGAAAGCAGUGUUUAGACUUCCACUUACUCCCCUUAACCUUUACCUACGAAUUAUACCCCUCUUCAAGUCUCAUACUAGAGAAGGAGAAGUCGUUUUAAGGUGCGCUAAUCAUGAACGACAACACCCCGCAGCGGAUGCACAAUAUGCCUCCCGCAGCUUUGUCAACGUGCAAUCCCCCUGCGCUUGUUACUGCUACCUUGAGAAACACUUAACGGUGCUUGUUCCUGUGGACAGACGGCGCAUUGCCAUGGGCCUUGGCCAGCAUCAGUCUGUGGACGAACCAAGAACGUCGCAAUCGUCUCAGUCGAGUUAUCCUAUGGGUCACGUCUCCGAAAACCUGGUCUGUCGCAUUGGUUGUUAUACCAGUUGUCUCGGGGGCCAGUCACGGGGCGCUGUUGAGUUAUUAGUUAGGUUAGAGGAACUCCAAAGUGACCCCUGUAAACAACCUGUGGUGUUUGGUACCGACCGCGUCGAGGUACACUGUUCCUCCACUCCGGCGCGAGACAUCCGUGUCUACUGCCAGAAUGCAGCAACAACAACACCUAAACGUGGCAGUCACCACCGCCGCCGGGGUUUGUCCGAACCCACCAUAGUCGACACCGCCAGUUUAUCCUCUCCCUCCUACAACAAGCGGCCUCUUGCUUUGACUGGAAGUGCUAUUGAGAACUCAAGCAGCCAGGAGAGCGACGCUGCACCCAGAGACAGCAGUAAGCCCUCGUCACCAGAGAGUGUCAAUUUGUGUGUGGGAGGGAUCAAGCAGCGCUUUUAUAUCGUGGCCACGAGGUCCAAGCGAAUGGCUGCUGAAUUCCGUCUGAUGGACGACUCGAAGGCGGCCUUCGACGGAAGGAGGCUCAGUCGAACCAAGUUCAUGACCAAUAGGGAAGAAUGCAAAAGAGCACAACAAAUUGUGUAG